UGCACUGAUAACCUGUCCCUGGUAAAUGGUACAGAUGGUGUGCUGCUGUUUGUGACAUAAGUCCUAUUUAGUUUAUGAAUAAGAAAAAUUAGGCAAAACUCGAUUUGUCCUUGAUGGGUUUAUUAAAUUUGUUAUUUUAACGAGUGGAAAAUACGAUAGAUCGUUUUUUCUCUGUAUUUUAGUGUGAAUAUCUAGUUUUUAUACACGUCAUCGACAGAUUAAAAUGACAUCAAAGGAUGCAAACUCUGGCGAGAACAUAAAUGCUGAAACCGAUAAACACUAUUGUGUAAUUCAUAAAAAAGAUGUUAAUGAUCAAAAGUAUUCGCAUGCCCAAAAGGAGAGCGAAAAAUUAAUUUUCAACGAAUUACAAAUAGAUGUAGAACAGAAUAGUAAUUUGGAAAAUGAAUCUCAGAAUGAGACAUCUACAAUGGAUAAACAGGAGGAACAAUCUACAGAAGUUGUUGGGUAUCAAUUAAAAUUUGAUGCUCAUAAUCAGAAUAAUAAAACUAGCAAUGAAAGUGAUGCACCAAGCCAAAAUGAAUACGACGAAAGUAUAGAUGAAAGAUUACCAGAAACUGUAACAUUACUCACCACGCCGGAUGGAGGAAAACUGUAUUUAGUAGGAACUGCGCAUUUUAGUGUUCAAAGCCAAAAUGAUGUGGCAAUGAUAAUCCGGGCUGUACAGCCUCAUAUAGUGGUAGUUGAAUUGUGUAAAGCCAGAAUUGACUUUUUAAAUAUUGCUGAAGAGGUUCUAUACCGUAACGCUACGGAUUUAAGUUUAAAAAGUUUAACUGAUAUGUUAAAGGAAUUUGGGCUUUACGGCUUUUUACAUUUCAUAUUGCAUAGAAUGGUAACUCAUGUUGUCAAAGAACUUGGAAUGCCACCCGGUGGCGAAUUUCGUACAGCAUUUGAAGAGGCCAAAAAGGUACCAAAUUGUAUAAUUCAGUUAGCUGAUCGGUCAAUCAGUAUAACAGUUCAACGUGCUGUAAGAGCACUGUCUUGGUGGGAAAUAAUCAAACUCUUAUGGCUAGUGAGACACUUAGAUUCUCAUAUCAACGAACAAGAUGUCGAACGCUAUAAACGAAAGCGUGUGAUAGAGGAGAUGAUAACCAAGUUGAAAGAGGAAUAUCCAGCAAUUGAGCAAACGUUUGUCAAAGAAAGGGACAUAUAUCUGACUUAUCAUUUGCAAGCAGCUACUAUGAUCAAAUAUACCCCGGAGGGAUUAAAGCCAGCAAGAAUCGUAGGAGUUGUUGGAAUAGGGCAUGUCAAUGGAAUCGUAGAAAACUGGGGAAAAGUGAAAUCCUCUGACAUAUGGCCUAUCAUGCGAGUGCCUCCUCAAUCGUUAUCCAGCAGAAUAUUGAAAUUUACUUUUAAAGCUUCCUUAAUCGGUGUUGCAGUAUAUGUGGGAUAUAAAAUUAUACCAUUGCCAUAUGGUAGUGCCCUACAAUCUAUCAGAUCUUCUAUUGAGGGAUUGUUUAAGGUCAGUGACAGAACGUAG